CAAUUUCUCUCUCUCUCUCUCUCUCUCUCUCUCUCUCUACUAUUAUCUUCUGCUUCCUUCCCAUUAUUUUCCUUAGGAUGCUUCCAAAGUUCAUGAGCCCCUUCAAGGUUGAAGAAGCCCAGCAGCCAGAGAACCAGAAGCAUCUGAUGAAGAAGAAGAAGAAGAAGAAACUCACUGAUCAGAAAAGGAGUUCCACUUCUUCAUCUUCUGGUAACGAUGACGGCGGAAGAAGAAGAAGAAGAACAAGCCAGAUCGCCAUGGAUGAUGGAAUCGGACUAAGACUCGUAACCCAAAUCACCAAUUCACAUGCCAAAUCCAACAACGUUGUUGUCAAAUCUUCCCUCAGAAAAUCAAACCACUAUAGUAGCAGUAUCACCUCCUGCUUUCUCAAAACCUGUUCUCUCUGCAGCAGGAUUCUCAGCCAUGACAAAGAUAUUUACAUGUACAGAGGGGACCAAGGAUUCUGCAGCAUAGAGUGUAGGAACCAACAGAUAGUGAUGGACGAGAUGAGAGAAUUAGAGGAGUCUACGAAGCAUAACAUCAUCGUCUCCGAGAAAUUUUGGAACGAUGCUUGUCGUCGUCGUGAGACUCGUCUCAUUCUUGAGGAUCUUCGCUUACACAGACUUCAAUCUAAGCCCUGCGCUCAUCACCAAAACCACUGGGCUAUUCUUUCUUAGUUUAAAUUAACAUCAUUAGCCUCCAAAAUCUCUCUAUUUUCAAUUAAAAACCCAAAAAAUGAAAGCAAAAAAAAAAAAACAAAUAAUAAAUCUCAUGUAUAAGAAUCUGCUUAGUUUUAAGUAGGGGCCUAGAUGAGAUGAAACUGAUUGUAACAUUUUGUCAGACACAAGCUGCCCCACAAUGUACAAGGAAGAUUUUUCAGAUCACUCCUCAUCCUUCUCUCUUGCCUUUCAAUUAUGAGAAGGAAGACAAUGAAAUUAAAUUUCUUUUUCAUAAUAGAGAUAUUUUUUCUUUGUUA